AUGUGUGUGUGUCCAGUUGUCUCAACAAUGAAGCUGAUCAUUUUGGCAGCGUUGUUAGGGCUGUGCCUCGCCCAGCACAACCCCCACUUCAAGGAUGGAAGGACAACCAUUGUCCACUUGUUUGAGUGGCGUUGGGUCGACAUCGCUGACGAAUGUGAGCGCUUCUUGGGUCCAAAGGGAUUUGGUGGGGUUCAGAUCUCUCCACCAGCAGAGCACAUUGUUCUCGACAAUCCCUGGAGGCCUUGGUACCAGAGAUACCAGCAAACUAGCUACAAACUUUGCUCCAGAUCUGGAACCGAAGAGCAACUGAGAAACAUGAUCACCAGAUGCAACAAUGUUGGGGUCAACAUCUACGUGGAUACCAUCAUCAACCACAUGGCUGCAACUGGAGGAGGAGAGGGAAGCCACUCUUCAUGUGGAAGCUGGUUCAGCACCAUCACCAGGGACUUCCCCAGUGUUCCCUACUCUGCCUGGGACUUCAAUGGAAACAAAUGCAAGACUGGCAGUGGUGAAAUUGAGAACUAUGGAGAUCCAUAUCAGGUGCGUGACUGUAAUCUGGUCGGACUUCUGGACCUUGCACUGGAGAAAGAGUACGUUAGGGGUAAGGUGUCAGAGUACAUGAACAACCUUGCAGACAUGGGUGUGGCUGGAUUCAGAAUGGACGCCUGCAAACACAUGUGGCCCGGAGACCUGGAGAACAUUUAUGGACGUCUUCACAACCUCAACACUAAAUGGUUCCCUGCAAACAGCAGGCCCUUCAUCUACCAGGAGGUUAUUGAUUUGGGAGGUGAAGCCAUCUCGUAUAAAGAGUACACCCAUCUGGGAAGAGUGACAGAAUUCAAAUAUGGAGCCAAACUGGGAUAUGUCUUCAGAAAAUGGAACGGAGAAAAGCUGAGCUACACCAAGRACUGGGGAGAAGGCUGGGGCUUCAUGUAUAGUGGCGAAGCUGUUGUCUUUGUUGACAACCAUGACAACCAGAGAGGUGACGGUGCUGGUGGURCCUCCAUUCUUACCUUCUGGGAAUCCAGACUGUACAAGAUGGCUACUGGCUUUAUGCUUGCCCACCCUUACGGACAGGCCAGAGUCAUGUCUAGUUACACCUGGGACCGCAACAUAGUCAAUGGACACGAUCAAAACUACUGGCAGGGUCCUCCUAACUUUGGUGAUGGAACUACCAUGCCUGUAAUCAUCAAUCAGGAMCAGACUUGUGGAAACGGAUGGAUUUGUGAGCACAGAUGGCGUCAGAUCACGAACAUGGUGCAGUUCCGUAACGUGGUCAACGGACAACCGCUCUCUAACUGGUGGGACAACCAGAGCAAUCAGGUUGCCUUUGGACGCGGUAACCGUGGUUUCAUAGUUUUUAACAAUGACGACUGGAGCCUGGACUUGACCCUGUACACCGGUUUGCCGGCUGGCACCUACUGUGAUGUCAUUUCUGGCCAGAAAGMAGGGAGCAGCUGCACUGGGAAGCAGAUCUCUGUUGGUGUGGACAGCCGUGCCCACUUUCAGAUCAGCAACACAGAAGRGGAUCCUUUUAUCGCCAUUCAUGUUGACUCCAAGUUGUAAACACACCCUCCAUAAAUUCAAAUAAAGCAUUAUCUUGGA